AUGGCGAAUGGAUGUGCUAAAAGAGGUGGUUGUCCAAGCGAUUACGUCGCCGUCGCAAUAGCAGUAAUCUGCUUCUUCGUGCUUCUAUCGAGAUCGGUCUUGCCAUGUUUGAUACACAAGGCUCCUCGUACCAACAGUAGCAGUUUCUGGAUCCCUGUCAUUCAAGUCUUUUCCAGUUUCAACCUUCUCUUCUCUAUUGUGAUGUCAGUUAAUUUGCUUCAGUUCAAGUCCAGACAUUGGUGGCAAUAUUGCUAUCUUUGGGCAGUGUGGAUCGAAGGACCACUUGGAUUCGGUUUGCUGAUGAGCUGCCGUAUAACUCAGGCGUUUCAACUAUACUUCAUAUUUGUCAAGAAACGUCUACCACCAAUAAAAUCAUACAUUUUUCUUCCCCUUGUUCUGUUGCCAUGGAUCAUUGGAGCUGCAAUUCUUCACGGAAUAAAGCCUCUCAAUUCUGAAUGCCACAUGGGUCUGGAAUGGACUUUGCCAGUAGCAGGCCUUCAUGGUCUUUACGUCCUUGCUUUGAUUGCCUUCACAAGAGCGAUACGACAUGUAGAGUUUCGUUUUGAUGAGCUUAGAGAUCUCUGGAAAGGAAUCCUCGUCUCAGCCACUUCAGUCGUUAUUUGGGUAACAGCGUUUGUCUUGAACGAGAUUCUUCAGGAAAUCUCUUGGCUUCAGGUUGCUUCAAGAUUUGUGCUUUUAGUCACGGGUGGAGUUCUCGUUGUUAUCUUCUUCUCCAUCUCGAGUAAUCAACCUCUUCUCUCGCAAAUCAGCCUGAAGAAAAGAGAACAACACUAUGAGUUUCAAAGAAUGGGACUAGCUCUAGGCAUUCCCGAUAGCGGAUUGUUGUUUCGCAAGGAGGAGUUUCGACUUGUUGAUCCAAACGAGCCACUUGAUAAGCUUCUUCUCAACAAAAGAUUUCGCCAUUCGCUUAUGGAGUUUGCGGAUAGCUGCUACGCUGGAGAAACCUUGCAUUUCUAUGAAGAAGUGUAUGAGCAUGGUAAAAUCCCGGAAGGGGACUCAACAAGGAGAAUCUACAUGGCUCGACAUAUCAUGGAGAAGUUCAUCGUCGCAGGAGCGGAGAUGGAAGUGAACUUAUCUCACAAAACAAGGCAAGAGAUCUUAACCACUCAAGAUCUGACUCACCCUGAUCUCUUCAAGAACGCAUUAAACGAAGUCAUGCAAUUGAUCAAGAUGAACUUAGUGAGAGAUUACUGGUCAUCUAUCUUCUUCAUCAAGUUCAGAGAAGAAGAGAGGUGUGAUGAGGCAAUGCAUAAGGAAGAAUGGAGUUUUUCUUCACCAAGGCUGAGUUCAGUUCAAGGCUCUGAUGAUCCUUUCUAUCAAGAACAUAUGUCAAAGAGUUCCACUUCCAGAUGCAAUAGUCCCGGUUAA